AUGACUGGCGAACAGCGAGAUGCAUUUUACUCUUAUCUGCAUACGACUAUCGAAGUUAAUGAAGGCACUGAAAUCGAUAAGAUUAAUGCAAAGAAUUUUGUUGAUAUUACCGCUAGUUAUUAUGGUGUAGACCAGAUAUUUCAUGAUACUGGUUAUCAUUCAAUUAUUGACUAUAUAGUCAAAGAUUUUCGAGAUGGUGAUAUACGUUUUGAACAAAUCGUAAAUAAAAUAAGUUACGAUCAGGAUUUAGUUGAAGUGCAAACUGUAAAUGGACAUGUCUGUCGUGCCCAAUAUGUUCUCUUAAUAGUAUCUUUGGGUGUAUUAAAAGGUCGACAAAUUGUAUUCAAACCACUGUUACCACAAUGGAAAUCGAAUGCUAUCGGUCGAAUUGGAUACGGACUUAUGGAUAAAGUUGUUUUAGUAUGGGACAAAGCUUGGUGGACUUCAGUAAGUUAUUAUUUUAAGCGUGUUACGUCGAAACCAUCUCCUUUCAGUGCUUGGAUUAGCGUCAAUAAAUGGAACGACCGACCAGCUCUGGUCUGUGUGUUUAUUGGUGGUGAUGCCAAUCGAAUAAAAACCUUAACAAAUGAGCAAGCUGUUGAAGAAGUGCAAAAUGCGUUACAACAAAUGUUUCCAAAUCAAAGUAUUCCGAUGCCUAUCGAUAGCUUUGUACCACGCUGGAAAUCAGAUCUAUUUUCCAAUGGUUCAUAUUCGUACUUAUCUCAACACCAAACUUAUGAAGAUAUGAUAUAUAUUAGUAAACCAAUUGUUAAUAAACUACUCUUUGCAGGUGAAGCCACAUCCCAGGAAUUUUAUGAGUGUGUACAUGGUGCUUUGCUAAGUGCACGACGAGAAGUAACUCGAUUAUUGCACGUUUAUGAAUUGUCUGUAAAUCAAACUAAGCCCGCAUCUCGGUCAGCGGCGAUAAGUCCAUUCGAAAUCAUACUCAUUAUCAAUGUCAUCUUUUUAAAACUUUUGCCUUAUUUAAUGAACUGA